ACGUACAUAUCAACCCACAAAAUGGAUUCAAGUUUAACACCAAUAAAACUACCCAUCUACGAGAUUCCUCUUUUCCCUUCGGCUCGGAACGUUAGAUCCAGAUGCAAAGGCUGCCGUGUGGAAGGUAUCCUUUAUGGCGGAUAUUACAGCAAUGAAUUUAAUGGUAACGCUUUUUACCAUAAAGAGUGCGCCGAGGCACCAGGGGUGAUUGUUCAUCCUUCCCACCGGAAACAUCCUCUAUUGCUCAUUGAUAAACUGGAAGAUCGUACAUAUAAGUGUGAUGUGUGUGGAGAAGAGCGAGUUUACCCUGGCUAUAACUGUAUCAAAUGCAAAUUCAAGGUGGAUUUGACUUGUGGGAUAAAACCACCAAGUCAAACUAUCGAGCAUCCUGUGUGUCAUGAACAUCCGCUUGUAUUUUUGAAGAAACGAAAGAAGGUGCGCCCUUGUGAAGUAUGCAAGGAAUCUAUUGAGGGAGCUUCCUAUUCAUGUCUUGAAUGCCAGGUGUUCUUCCAUGUGGACUGCGUCCAUCUCUCGAAAGAGGUAAACCAUUUUUGUCACUCUCAGCAUCCUCUCAAGUUAAUGGCAGUUGAAUCACUUAUGGAAGAUGCUGAGAAGAUUUGUCUUUUAUGUGAAAAGAAACCAGAAAAUGUACUUUAUUAUUGUUCCGUUUGCAACUUCAGCACAUGUCUUGUUUGUAUCAAAAACCCAACACCUAAUGUUGUGGAACAUACCAAAACCCACGAGCAUCCCCUCACUCUUUUUUCGAGAAGAAUAUUUUUUCCAUGUAAUAUUUGUGGGAAUCUUGGCCCUGGGCAUUGGGAAUGUGGAGUUUGUCGCAAAAGUGUAAAUCGGUACAAUGGGGCAUAUUCUUGCUCUGCUUGUCCUAACUACGCAGUUCAUUCAGGAUGCGCAGUGAGAAAACACAUAUGGGAUGGUGUGGAAUUGGAAGGGGUAGCUGAUGAUGUCGAAGUUAUUGCACCAUUCAAGGUGGUGGGUGAUGGUUUGAUAAGUCAUUUUUGCCAUGAGAAACAUGCUUUACAGCUCCAACAAAAUGAUACUAAUCAUGAUGCAGACACGCGAUGUGAAGCAUGUGUUCAUCCGGUUGGAUUUGACCCGAUCUACAGUUGUCAGGAUUGUCGUUUCGUUCUCCAUCAGAGUUGUGCUAAUCUUCCAAUGAAAACGAGACUUGUCUUUGACACUAGACAAUACAGUUUAUUAGGAGCAAACGAAGAUGUGCGCAAGCUAUCAGACUGCAAAUUUUGUGGAAAAUAUUUUACUGGUUUCAAGUACAUGGGUCGAGGAAGGAAGGUAGAUGUACAUUGUGGUUCUAUUUCUGAGCCUUUCGUCCAUGAAGGCCAUUCACAUCCCUUAUAUUUCUAUAAUAAGGAGGGUCAAAAAUGCUAUGGAUGUCAUAUCAAGGUAGAUGGUUAUCUGCUCUCUUGUGACUCUUGUAACUUCGGUUUGUGUUUAAGUUGCGCUAAUUUGCCGAAGAGGAUAAUGCAUAGAAACGAUGAGCACCCUCUUACUUUGUGUUGUGGCGAAACGGCAAGCGGGAAAUACUGGUGUGAUAUUUGUGAGAAGGAACUAGAUCAAGAAAAGUGGUUCUAUACAUGCUCUGAUUGUGGAGUUACAUUGCAUAUCGAGUGUGUACUUGGAGAUUUCUCACGGCUGAUGCCCGGAUGCAUUAUUAACUUCAAUGAAUGUGAAUUUGAGGUGGUUCUUAACAAUCAAAACACUCGACCGUUAUGCAGCAUGUGUUUAUCUCGUUGCAAGGUCUCCGUAAUCUUAAAAGAUCUUGAAGAUAAUGAAUACAUUUGUUCCCGUUUAUGUUUCUUGAAUCUUUUUGUGUAA